UGCGUGUUCAAAGCUUUUGAGGAAAGAACGGAGAUCUUGGAUGCAAUGGAAAUUCAAGAAGAUAAUCUGACACAAGUGGAGCUGCCUAUUGAUCAGAGGCCUGCAGAGAUUGUAGAAGAGGAGGAGAACUUGCAAGUGCGGCGUAAAGAAGGCAGUGACAAUGAGAGAGAUGGGAGGCUCCAAAAUGUGGGCGAAAAGAUUGGUAAUGACAUGCUCAACACAGAAGAGACCCCUACGCCCAAUCGCUCAGAAGAAUAUCCUCGUUCGCAUGCGGAUCCACGUGACAAAGGAAAGAAAGGCAAAGCACGUGAAGCUGGUCCUCGGGCAGAGAAAAAAAUGGCCGACCCGGUCAAAGAAGAGGUGGAAGAUGCCGCCCAACCAGGAGAGAAUCCUAAAGGUAGACGGUUUCACCCGCAGGAUCCUCCUCAGAAAGGGAAGACCAUUGAAGAAAUUGAAGCUGGACUUCAGAUGGAAGAGAAGAUCGAUGGCCUUGCAAAGCAGGGGAAGGACGGUGUUGAAGCUCAGAUGGAAGAGAGCCCAAACGCUAAAUACUUUUCCCCGCAAGAUCCUCCUUACAAAGUAGAGAAGAUAAUUGAUGAAAGCAAAGCCGAUAUUCAAGUGGACGAAGACGUUGUUGACCUUGCAGGGCAAACAGCAGGAAUUGCGAAUCAACCAGAUGGGAAUCUGCAAGAUAAACGUCCUCCUGCCCUGCUGGGCCCCUCUCAGGAAGAGGACACCAUUGAGGAAAGCGAGGACACCAUUGAGGAAAGCGAACCUGAGCUUCGUGUGGAAGAAGAGUCUUCUGAUCUUGUGGAGCAAGAGGUGGAAGCUGCCAGUCAAGCAGAAGAGGGUCCGAAAGACACUCAUUUCCCACCACAAGACCUUCUGGAAGAAGAAGAGAUCGAUGAAAGUGAAGCUGAUCCUCAGCUGGAUGAAGAGAUGGCUGACCUUGCGGUGGAGGAGGGUGCAGAUCAGGUACAGGAGGAUUGUGAAGAACCGGAUCAGGAAUUGGAGGAUAGUUCUGCGGAACAAGAGGUUCCUCUGGAUGAGAUUGAGAGUGAAAUCAUAUCUGCGUUGGAGGCCGGCACGGGUGACGAUAACUUGGAAGAAAUAUUGGAGAGUGCCGCAGAGAGCCUGGAGGCCGAUGAAAAUGAAAUCUUGCAAGCGGCUGCAGGACUUGCCGUCUUUGCUCUGUGAACCAACAGGCUAUUGCAAGUUGGCAAACACAACACAGUUCCUCACUUUUCAUUAUGCUCCCACCUUUUAUCUCAUUACCUUGGUGUCUUCCCCAGCCGGAACUGUGAAUUGAUAUGGACAAAGUCGUUUUAGUUUAUCGGUGCUGUCCUCUGAUCGGCAUGUUUAUAACAAAGCGCGCGGGACUUUUCAAGUGAAGGGCGGGUAGUAUCAUUGGCAAGGGGACGCCAAUAUAAAUUUGUUUUGAUUGUAGAGAAUUACAUUUGGCCUUUUGUUUAUCCAGUGUCCACAUUCAUGAUGAAAACUACCAAUCCCGAUAAUCCAUGCUGUAAUUACGCCCUCCUGGCUAACGGUGGCACUGCAGCGCCUCCACCAUUUGGAGGUCUGGUCAAUGAACUAUGGUUGACUUGUCCCUGUUGAAAAUGGGGGGGGCAAAAGAAAUUGAAGUUAGUAAACUGUUUUCAAAUACAUUUUAGAGGCCCACACAAGGAUUAACACACAGUCUAUUACUAAGCUGGAGGAAACAAAUUGAAGUGAACGAAUAUACCAGCCCACUCCAACCAAGUUAAGUCUCCAAUGGGAGGUUUGCCCUUGGCUUCCUGAAUAUUUAUGAGUGUGCUUGCGUGAUCAUGAACUGGCAAUGCCAACUGAAUAAUUAGCGGAUGAUUUUUAACAAUUAUGUACAGGUUCCAGAGGCGACUCUUCAGUGCCGAGCAGCGAUGGUAUUGCUAUUUACAAUCCUCGGCAUGGGUGAAAAUGCUUAAUGGGGGGGGGAGGGUGGUGGUGGCUAAUGAAUGUUGCAGAUAGAAAGGGCAUUACAAUGUCAAAAUAUUACCAAGCCCAGCAGGCAUCUCUGAAAAUCUGCCUCGAUAACAAAGGCUUACAAGCCAACUUUUUACAUUCACGCAUGGGUUGUGGGCAUUGAAGGCAUUUUUACGCCUCCUAUUGAUUGCCUCCAAUUACCCCGGAGAGGAGGUAAGGAGGCUCCAUCAUGAGCUAUUGCUAGUGACUGUGGUAGCACAUUGAUACAAAUGAGUGGCUCACUUGGCUAUUUCAGGCAGCACUGUGGUGAUUUACUACAGUAAAGUACUAGCCAGACCAUGCCAAGUGUGGCAAAUUUUCCAUCUCCAAAGCUCACGAGUGAAGCUGCAGAUGUUUUAAUGGCAAUCCAUAAGCUUACUAGUUAUUAGCACUGAAUACAUGCAUUUAACCGCAGAUUUAUGUAAUUAGCUGAUUUGCCCAUGUGACUGCUGUAUCUACCUUACCUACUAUGCUGUAAUCAUUCCAUGUCACUGUGGCAGGUACUUUAGAUGCCAUUACUAAAUAUAUGGAAGUAAUUGGUGAUCGCAGAGCAAACUACUAUAUAAAAUUAUUCUUAGA